UUUUCUUCGGAGGCCGGAGGCCUUUGGAUUUUGGGCUUCGCCCCCCGAAGUUUGGGCUUCGGGGCUCGCCUGCGCGAUGCGGUUCUUCAGAGCUUCCAAGAGCUCCGCACAGGAGGAUAGCACUGCAAAGGCAGAUGCCAGUGAGAAGAGCACCACCGACAAAGGUCUGUGCACGGUCCAAGAAGACAGCGAGUCGCUGUUUACCCGCGCGAAGGCGCCAGGCUCGCCAGCGUAUGUCACCAACACCGAGUUUGUGAUGGAGCAGAAGGCGGAUAGCUUCACCUUGCCUCACAAGGACUGGCGUGCGAUCAGCACUCCAACGAACUCUUUUGGGUCCGACUACGAUGCCCGGGAGCGUGACGAGGGUCCGCCUCCCACCGGCAGCUUCGGGGGCAUGUCCAGCUACAGCCACCACCAGCAGGGCGUGACUUCUUGGGGCUCAACGACUACUCACUUUGAGUGGCAGGAGUGGCCCUACGGGGCCCCCGGAAACCCCAUGCCCUUCGUGCCGCCUGGGACUGAAGAGCCCAGCCCGACAGGCGUUGAUGCCCAUAUGGGGGGCGGCUGCAAGGACACCACCUCCUUCGGCUCGGUAAAGACAGAGGACAAUUGGCCAGCCUACCAGGACAAGAACGAGCCGAAUGGUGCGGGGCCCUAUCAGCCCAUGAUGCCCUUUGCCGCACCGCCCAUGCCUCCGGCAGGCUCCAGCAGUCAGAUCCUGGCGCAGUACGCCGCCAACCUGCAGGCCAUGGCGCAGCAGUACUCCCAGAUGGCCAGCGUGGCUGCCACGCAAGAGAUGGCGCGCGGCUCCGAGCUGGGCAAUAUGCCCAAUAUGUCGAUGCCUGCCUUGGGCAUGCCGAUCAAUCCCUGGCUACUGCCAGAUCCUUUGUCGAUGCCCGGGACCGGCGACUUCCGCAGGACAGAAGCUGAGGCGAAGACGAAUGAAAAGACCGAGCUCGCUCCAGUGAAGAAUGAAUCGGAGUGGGUGACGGUCAUGAUCCGCAACCUGCCCAACGACUAUGGCAGAGAUGAUGUGGUGGAGUUCUUGAACCUCCAGGGCUUCAAGGCUCGCUUCGACUUCGUCUACCUGCCCAUCGACUUCAAGAACUCCACCGGCCUCGGCUACGCCUUCGUGAACAUGGUGGGCCACGAGGAUGCCCUGGAGGUCUUCAGAAGAUUGGAAGGCUUCAAGGAUUGGAAGGUCAGCAGCCAGAAGGUGUGCGAAGUGGCCUGGGGCAAUCCUGAGCAGCAGGGCCUGGAUUUCCACAUCAGCCGGUAUAGGAACAGCCCGGUCAUGCACAACUCUGUGCCCGAGGAAUUCAAGCCCUUGAUCUUCCAGAACGGCGAGAAGGUCCCCUUCCCAGAGCCCACGAAGGCUCCGCGGCGGCCGCGCAUGAAAAAGCACGCGCGCAUCGGGUGUCGAUCCCCCGACGCCUCGGAGGAAGAGGAGCAAGGCACUCAGUGAGCUUCUUGGGCUGAGACCGAAUUCGGUGCCGACGGCUCACCUCAUCUAAUUGGACGAGGUGCUGUGUGACUCGGAUUCGCAGCGAUUCGCUGCCCGUUCCCGGUUUGUUUCUUCUUUGAG